CGCACGGGGUCGGCGCAUGCGCCGUGGCGGGAGCACCAUGGCGGCCGAGCGCAAGACCAAGCUGUCCAAGAACCUGCUGCGCAUGAAGUUCAUGCAAAGGGGAUUGGACUCAGAAACCAAGAAACAACUAGAAGAAGAAGAAAAGAAAAUAAUCAGUGAAGAGCACUGGUACCUGGACUUGCCAGAGCUUAAAGAGAAAGAGAGUUUCAUCAUUGAAGAGCAGAGUUUUUCAUUAUGCGAAGAUCUUCUCUAUGGAAGAAUGUCAUUCCGAGGAUUUAACCCUGAAGUUGAGAAAUUAAUGCGUCAGAUGAACUCUAAGAACAAAGAAGAAGAAGUUGAAGAUGAGACGGUGGAACUCGAUGUGUCCGAUGAGGAAAUGGCUAGAAGGUACGAGACCUUGGUGGGAACAAUUGGGAAGAAAUUUGCCAAGAAGAGAGACCGGGCCAAUUAUGAAGAAGACGAAAAUGGAGAUCCAAAACCAAUUAAAACCAAGAAAGUCUUCUUAAAACCUCAAGAUUGAAAUGGGGUGCCUUGCAGUCCAGCUCAGGGAUGCCGUGUGAGAAUUAGCUGCCAUUUUGGAGAACUUUUUCUGAUGGUUUCUCAUUCCGUCAUUAACAUUAUGUUGAUCUGUAAAGAAGCAUGGGAUAUCGGAAACAUGCUGUUUUUGAAACAGAUGUGUGAUGGAUGUCGUACAUCCUUUGUGUAAGAGUUUGCACAGAGAAAGAACUUUCCUGGGUCUUUCCAUGUUCUUAAGCACGUGGUCGCUUCCUAAAGAAUUCCGGCUUCGGAUUUCUUUUUGUUCACACACACUCCUGUCACUGACCUUGGGUUGAGCCAUCAGACCAGUGUUUUAAGUUACCCCUGUCUUUGAUUUUCACCUUAUUGAUUAUGCGAAGUCGGUUGACGUCUGCCUUCUGGAACCAGCCCUGGGAGUUCUGCCGGAGGCUUGGCCGCAGAAAGCUGCCUCAGCACCAUACAGGGUCUGUUUGCUCCCCGCCACCGGGGCUUGGGGGA